UUGUAGGAAACUUCGUGGAAGCUACCCAAGAGUGAGGAAUGGCCCUCUCAUGGCGCCUCCAUUUAAUCCCACCACCUUCCCCACUCUUUCCUCUCAACCCCCACCCUUUACUUUUCUCUUCCUCUUCUUCUUCCACAUUUUUCAUUCUCUUCUUCACUUCUACUCCAUUCUCUUCAACCACCAACAAUGAAGCUCAUUAGCAUCAACCCCAAAAACCUCAAACUCAGUCCCAAACACCUCUUCCGCUCCAAAAAGGACCGAUCUUUAUCCCGAUCCGACCCACCCUCUUUCGGAUCCUCCUCCUCCGAUGACUCCGUCCACAAGACCACCGCACCCAGCGCCGCCGGCUCUCUCACUCCCACUAGCGUCCUCCCUGGCGCCUCCGGUGACUGGUCCGACGUCACUGUCGACGUUCGGUGGGACCUUGCCCAGGCCUUCCGUCUAAUCGACCGAGACAACGAUGGUGUCGUUUCACGCCAGGACCUCGAGGUAAUUCUCACGCGCCUAGGUGCGUCUGACGUAGCGCUCAUGCUCAGUGAGGUCGUCGGAGACGCCGGAGGCUGCAUCACAGUGGAGGCUCUCAUGAACCACAUCGGGUCGGGCCCAGAGUCCGGGUCGGAUCCGGAGGAACUUAAGGAGGCCUUUGCAGUGUUCGACACGGAUCGUGACGGUAGGAUCUCGGCAGAGGAGUUGCUUCGAGUGUUCAGAGCGAUAGGCGAUGAGCGGUGCACAUUAGAGGAGUGCCGGCGCAUGAUAGAGGGUGUGGACAGGAAAGGGGACGGAUUCGUGUGCUUUGAGGACUUUUCUCGUAUGAUGGAACUGCAUCGAUGAUGGUUGUGAUUGUGAUGAUGGGACAUGUCAGAUGAAGAUCAUAAUCAUGUUAUAAAAAAAUUGAAAAUAUAUAUAAGAACGAAGGCAACUUCAUUUUUUUUCCGUUA